UACAAGUGCGUGGGCACUCGCACAGCAACAACUCGCUGACUGAAAGGGCUGGCAUGUGUAUUAAUGCUAAAAUAUACAUGAAAACCCGUCGACUUUCUUCGAAAUUACAACCGCUAUUUCGUCAGUGGGCUAUUAGUAAAGUAGCUCGACGAAACGACUUCAAAGAAAAUUAAAUUAUCGUCCAAAGGAAGUAAUAUAAUUUUCAACCACCUCUAGGUACUCCCUGCUUGACGCCAGCUCCACAAGCUACUCUGUAUUCGUGGAAAAGGUUUAAUAUUUAUCUUUUUCCUGAAAGAAAAAUUAAUUAUCCUUCCUCUAUUAAAUGUCUCUUUGCAAAAGGCGCCGGGCGGGCUGACUCAGAGCGACAAAAACACGUGUCGUCAUCUUAACACUUUGUUGGAGUUUGGGUUAAAUUAUCACGUGGGCUGCAUACAAACCAUAACAACAGUGCUACCUACAGAAACUGGAGGCACUUUAGGUUCCUCGCUGCAGCUUUGGUUGUUCGGUUUCAGGCACGUUCCUGCUAUUUUUCCAACUUGCGUCGUAUCCUUUCUGAAACAGAGCUUGAAAUUCGUUCGCGGACAAACACAGCCAUCCUGACCCAAUCAUUGAGGAGUUCUAUAAUCUCGCAUUUACGUAAUUCAAAACUGUGAUCACGUUUCACACGUUCUAGAAUUUUCCCAGCGCAGCGCAGAGAAGGAAGUAUUGUUUGCGGUCGUGUGUUAUUGUUGGAACUGAAGAAUGCGGGCACGAGGGUUCAACUGUAGAAUCUUUUGGCUGCCGAUAAUAAUGCUCCCCAGUGUGACAGCUCGCAUAUUAUGUUUCUGCAACUCUCCGUCGUGCCCACAAGCUGUUUGUAAAUCAAGUCAGCGGUGUUUCACCAAACUAUUAAGAAAAGCAAGUGCCGAUGGGAAAGUUUCGACCAGCGUUAUAUACGGUUGCAGUGAGGCGCUGAAUUCAAGUGACGUGUGUUUGGAGUCUUCUCCAAUGAUAUGCUGUGAUAGGGAGCUGUGUAAUAUGCCUAACAUGUUAAGAAAGGCCAUCAAAACACAUCAGCAAAGAACUCAAGUACAUGCUACAGAGCAUGCGCCAAAAGUUGACGAAAACGGCACCGAGUGUACAUUGUCGAUGCCUGCGAUGCGAGUGGCCAGCGUUGUUGCGCCUAGUGUGUUGAUUCUGACGGUGGUCUUCCUAUCAUUAGGAAUGUGUUACAAAAUGUCACGCUACGAGAAGAUGAGAAUCACGAAGAUGGAAAACGGUGUUAAAACCAAGUCGCCAAGUGAUAAGUUAUUCCAAAAAGUACGAGAGUUGAAGGGGUGCGGGUUAUUAGUGGGACAUUCAGUGGAAUCGAAUGCUUCAAACGUCUGCAGUACAGAAGUCGGCAUCAACAGAAAUUGUCCUGAUUACCGCGGGUUACUUUCCAGUCCC